AAUGUCCUGUCAUAUGCAAUCAUACUGCACUUGUUUCGUCAGUAAUCGUGCUUGCUGUAGUCCAUUUCGUUGGCGAUGGUUGACUUUCAAGACCCAGACCCUGUGAGGGAAGAAGACUAUGAUGAAGAGGCCGACAGCGACUUCCACGCAGAGGCAGGCGACGAAGAUCUCUCCUCCACGUCCGACGAUGAGGCGCAAACCGAACAAGACGCAGACCAGAGACCCCGAAAGAGACGGAAAAUAGACAAAGCCCAGCAAGAUGAGACUCUGGACUUCGACUCAGGCGAUGAGGCAACGAUCCGCGAACAGAAGAAAAGUCACAAGAAACAAAGAAAACAUGGUGAAGGCGAACCAGAUGAAGAUGGCAAUGAAUCAGACGGAUGGCGGGCGCGAACCCGUGCCAUGAGAACUCAAGAGAAGGAAGAGCGGAAGCGAAAUAAACUGGCCUCGAUCAAAGGAAGCACCAUUGAUGUCGACAAGUUAUGGGAAGAAAUGAAUCGACCAAGACCGUUACCUGCACCUGAUAUUGUUGGCGAUGAUACAGGAGAGGCAGACGUUUCAAAGAGAUCAGGUAUCACAACGACAGUCACAUCCUUAGAGCCGGAUGCGGAUAAGGAGAAUCUGUCAGCAAGUGGUCCAGCAGAAGAGACCAUCACGAUCAAACGAACUUACAAGUUUGCUGGUGAGGUUCAUGUGGAAGAAAAGACGGUCCCCAAGUCCUCUGCAGAGGCACAGCUUUGGCUAGCACAGCAACAGUCCUCCAAGACUCCGGUUUCUGCAGCCGAUGGGCGGGUGGUCCAUCGGCCUUUACGCAGAAUAUCGCGGUUCGACCCGAAUUUUAGCAACCUCGAAUCAUUCAAGGCUUUAUGGGCGGACAAGAAUGUGCAUGCCACAACCUAUAAAGGUCCGAAGCUCAAUGUGGUGGAGAAGAGCAAGAUGGACUGGGCUGCGCAUGUUGACACUGAAGGGCUGAAGGAGGAACUGGAUACCCAUGCCAAAGCAAGAGAUGGCUACCUGAGUAGAAUGGACUUUUUGCAAGGUGUAGAGCAACGCAAGGAAGCAGAAGCUAGAGCUGCAAGGCUAAAGGGCCAUUGAGAUGAGUACAGGUACUUGAGGUGCUACCUGGUAGGUGUUCAACAUGUGUGAGUGAAUAUCAUGUGCAAGGCAUAAUUUUGGCUGACAACACCAAAACACCUCGUUUCUGAGGAUUUCCUGCACCAGCACCCAUUUCUUCUCUCCGAACUCAAUCCGUCAUGGUUUUCACUGCCUUGCCUCCCAAUCCAAUAUUC